AUGAAUCGUGCUGCAGAGUUCAGGGAUCAGUCUGAAGCCUUUUCAUCACUAAGUGCCACUCAGCGUUUUACCCAACAAUUACAGCAGAUCAACCAGCUGUGGCCCAGCUGGAGUUUCACAAUAAGCGUCCCCCAGGACGAGUGGAGCGGGUACCCUGGGGAGAAAGACGAGGAGAUCCCCUGUCGGCGCAUGAGGAGCAGCAGCUACGUCAAAGCCAUGGGAGAGCUGGAGGAUGAAAGCGGCGACUCGGACACCAGUCCCAAGAUUUCUCCACAGAAGGCCAUUCGACCAGACGCACUCGUCCUCAAAUCAGCCAUGCAGAGACCCCAUUUAGAUUCCCACAGCCAGGGUUACCACUUGCAAAGCAGAGAUUUGCGGCCCCACCCGAGUGUCACGCUGGAUCCCGCCACCUCCUUCCACCCGCCUCCUUUCCGCUCCCGCAACCAGAGCUACAUGCGCGCUGUCAGCACGCUCAGUCAGGCAAGCUGCCUCAGCCAGUUGUGCAAGUCUGUUUUGGACCUCAGCGCUGGCACAAGAUGUGGUUUCUGCAGUGAGAAGAUCUGUGACAGAAGCUUCUGUGUGGAGGAGUAACAGGAGGAGAGAAAUGGGUCAAAAGAAGGGGUCGUACAGUCGGCCAGCUUCACGCCUGUGGGUUUUAAUUUCAGAACUGAAAAUAUUUAUCUAAAAAAAAGAAAAUCUGAAUCUUUGCAAGCUAAGCACAAUAGGGCAGAAUUAUAUUUUUAGCAAAGUAAUCUGCUUCAAAAAUAAUUAUUUUAUGGGUUCAGAAUUAAAAAUGCAGUCAUAAGUUUUUAUCCACUCAUCCUGAGCAUGAAAACUGCUUUGUUUUCUGUUUUUGUGUUUCAAUUCUAAUUUGCUGCAAAAUAUUUGUUUUUGUGUAGUUUUUUUAUUUUUAUUUUUUUAGAAAAGUCCACAAUAUUAUUGUAUUUUAAGGAUACAUUUACAGCUACGGUGAAUAAUUUUGUACCUGCAGAUUAGAGAAAAUCCACAAUAAAUUCAAACCCAUCUAGCCACUAUCUUCCACCUUAUCCAAAGUCAGGUCUCGGGGGCAGCAGCUUGACCAGGGAAGCCCAGACCCUUCCUUGCCCAGAUACCUCUUCCAUCUCUGGGAGGACUCCAAGGUGUUCCCAGGCCAGCUGAGAAACAUAGUCACUCCAG